AUGACAAUUGAUGGCCGUCAAAUUUUAGUUGACUAUGAAAGAAAUGGAAUAAUGGAAGGAUGGAUUCCAAGACGAAUGGGAGGCGGUUUUGCCGGUCGAAAAGAAUCUGGACAGCUUCGUUUUGGAGCAAGAGAUCGACCAUUUAAACGACCUCUGAACGUAGCUGUAAAUCAAUACAUGCCCGAAAUCCUUUCUGAUCAGCGAUUCGAUGAUUGUUGGCGCCGUAAAACCGAUAAAGGACAUACUUCAAAUAUAGCAGCACAAAAUUAUCGGUCCGAAUUUCAGUACUCCAAAAAUUCUCAAUCCAAUAGACAAGGUAAAUCAAAUAUAGUUGGAAUAUCGAAUAAUCAGAGGUCUCCACGACAUCGGCACAGUAGUCGACAUGGAGAGAAAUCAGAUCAUAGAAGGUCAAGAAGUCGCAGCCCAUAUAAUAAAGACAGGUAUCCGGAUCCAGACAACCAUAUACAUAGUAGAGCAAAGUAUAAAAGCCACAAGAGGCGCAAACAUAAUCGAGAAUAUGAGCAUCGCAGAUGA